UUUUGGUGGAGUUGAGAUUACAUGCACUUACCAUUUUCUUUUCUUCUUUCUCACUGAAUCUGCAAUGAGUAUUUUCUCAUGUCAUUACUCCCUGUAAACCUGUUUGAAGGCCUCGUACCACCGUAUUGUGCACAGUAAUUUAUUUAACUUGUUCCCAAUUGCUGGACAUUUAGGUGGCUUCCAGUUUUUCAUAUUGUGUAAAGCCAGGACCAUAUGUCUUUGUGCUGAGCCCUGCUUAAAGGCACCAUCAGAGUGCAAGGGAGAAGGAAAGCCGGGAAAGGCUAAGUGUGGCUGGGAUUGCAGAGGCUCAGCUGGGUGUACUUUGACCAAGAAAGUCUGACAGGAGCAGUGAUGGGGGAAUAAGGGGAUGAACUGGGAUUCAGCUGCCCCUGCCUGCUUUGAACAAGCAAUCUUCAAAUUCCCCUAUGGUCUUCAGGAAUCUUUCCGUCCCUCCUGGAGAGAUCAGACAGGAGGGCAGUCCUCCUGGUGCGGCAGAGUGUAGGACAGGGUGAGUCAAAUGCAAUAAUCUGCUCUGUGGGCCCUGGGGCUGCCCACUCCCACCCCAAGGCCCCUGCAUACCUCAGCCCCCAUGGAUGGUGACAGCACAGUGUACCUGACUCGAGGCUGCAGGUUGAAGGGACAUACAUUAUGGCCAGCUGGGGGAGAGGCUGAGGACCUUUGGGGGCCAUGUCUUCCAUUCCCAGAGGGUGGGCAAGAUGGGCAGGAGUGGAGGGGCAGGGCUGUGACUGGGGCAGUACAGGGGCAGUCAGGAAGCUGGAGAUGAAUCCAUGGCUCUGUUGCCAUUCUGGAAAACUGAUGCCUUGCUUUCCUUUGCCUUCCUCAACCUGAUCAAGGGGCUCUGGUAGGGAAGGGGAUGACUGUGCCCCUCACUAGGCUCUGCAUGUGUUCGCCUACCACCGACCCUCAAAAGGGGGCAGAGGACAAGAAGACUUAACUUCUGUGGGGCUCCUUAGGGGCACAGGAUCAUGGAAUGUUAGUGCUACAGUUGAUUGAUAUCAGUGGCCAUUUCAUGCAAUCACUCAUUGGGGAAACUGAGGGGCCACAUCAAAAAACUAAUAAGGGGUGAACCAGGCAUGGAAUCCCAGUGUACCUGACUCCCAACUCCAUACGGCUUACAGUGCUCACAUGCCCUCAACCCCACACCUGUGGUCACAACUGCUGGGAGAAGGGAGACCAUGGCAGGGGCUCCAAAGCUGCCCUUGGAGGGCAGAAGAGACCAGUCCUCCUGGAAAUCUGCCCAGAGGAGCCCAGCCCAGCAAGGCCUCUGCUUUGGGCACUCCGUGCUCCCCACCUGCUGGAACAUGCCCUCCACAUCACUAUAAUCCAAGGGGUUCCCUGUAUUUUUGACCCCCAGAGAGGAAGGAGGAGGCCCUGCGUUUGUGAGCACUGAAGAGCUAUGAUGCAGGCCUGCAUGACCUGCCCAAGCCUGUGUGCCCCAUCUCUGCCUGUGGAGAGGCGUCUGGCACAGCUGCGUGACACCCUAUAUGGAACUCACCUCUUGUUAAUGUACCAGCAGGGCCCUGAGGCCCAUGGCAGCCCAGCGUCUCCAGACCAUCUAUGCCCUCCCUGGUGGAGGAGCUGGUGCUUGGGCCACAUCCCCUUCUCUGAGUCCCCCCGUGAUUGUUUGGUAGAUGUUCUUGGAGCCCGGCUUAGAGGCAGCCGCCCUUGGGUUCACAGCUGAGAGCCAUGGGCAGUGUCUUCUUGCCCCUUUGCCCUCAUACGGCCAACAACCCCCACCCCACUUCCUAGGAAGUCAGCCAGAGGAUCCUGACCCCUCAUGGACACACCCUCAGUGUCUUCGUCCAGGCCUGCCUGGCCCCACUCCUCCCUUGCUCUGUCCCAAUACCUGGGCAUUGUUCCUGGAGCCACGCUCUGUCUUCGGGUUUCUCAGGAGCCAGCUUCCUAGCAUCCAGGCAUUUCUCUUGGGGCAGAAGCAGAAACUGCUCUUUUCCAGGAUUUGGCUGUGGAUUCUCAUGGGGGCUGGGACUGGAAAGGAGACUAGAUAAUCGCAGCCCUGGGAGCAGCAGGGUCUCCCUGCACUUUGCCCUUCAGCCUUAGCAGAGACCUGCUAGAAGGCCAGACAUGGCCCCAGGUGGGUGACGCCAAGGUCUGAAGCCCAGAAGUCAGGGCGGCAGCAAUCCCCUCUCUCAAAAUCUACCACAUAUUCUCAUCCCAGCCAUCUCUUUGGCUCCACAAAACAACUUUGUGGGGAUGUAUGGAUGGUAAUCCCUAUUACCUUCCACACCUUACAGAUAAGAAAACAGAGGGCACAAAGAUCUGCCCAAGGCCUCAAGGCCAGGACUGAAUCCCCGAUCUUCAGAUUAGAAAUCCAGGGCAAGACACAGCCCCAUCACCCUCCAGCUUUGCGAUGGGCCAAGGAGGGGGACAGCAGGAGGUCCCCGGAGCCCCUAGACCGCCCCUCCCCUCUCUGCAUACCCCACUUGCACCUGCCACAGCCCAAUGUGUGUGGGGGGAUUGUGGCUUCCCAGGUGCUCAGUAGGUACUCAGAGCAGCUGAAGGAGGAAGGGAAGCCCUGGGUGUCUCCAUACUUCCAGCUGGGAUAUACAGGUCCAGACCUCGGCACCCAGGAUGCCCCACCUUAGAUCCUGCAGGAACUUCUGAAAGUCUCAAUUUGCCUUAGGGAGGAAGUUACUAAGGUGUAUCCCUCUAAGACCAUUGCUAGGGGCAAGCAUCCUCACUCAGUAAGAGCUGACAGCUGUGAGCACACACCAUGUGCCAAGCUCUGGGCUCAGCGCACUCCCAUUCGACCCUAGAAUGAAUUCUCUCUCAACCCCAAAUCCCACCUGCCACUGAGUCCUGUCAGUAUCUCCCAGGAUCAGUUCCCUUUCCUCCAUCUGUACCACCACUGAACCCUAGUUAUCUUCACUUGCCUGCAGCCAUAGCAAAGGCCCCUUAAUGAGGUCAGUCAGUCCAGCCCUCUCCAGUCCACUCCCUACACACAGCCAUGGGGAAGGCUUCAGGACCCAGAUCCCACCCUAGCACCUACUCUUAGACUCCAGCAGGGCUGCACAGUCUGGCUCCCACACCCCAUCUCACACCUCCAUCUGUGCCCUGCACACCUGCCUUCUCCUGUAUCCAGCCACGGGGACUUUCCACACAUUCUUCCUUCUGCAUGAAACGUGUUCCCCAUCCUCUUCACCUCGUUGACCCGCACACACUCUUCCUUCAGAUCUCAGCUUUACGGCCUUCCCUGGGUCUCUGUGUCAGCUCCGUCCAUUGUGUGUGCUUACAUGCACCUGCUGUACUUCUUCGGGGCAGAGAUAUGAUUUUACACUUGUCUUCUCCAUCAGACUGGAAGUUUUGUGAAGACAAAGCAUGCAUCUGCUCCCUCUCCCUACUUCUCAUCUUUCUCACCGUGGUACCCCAAGCAUCCGGUACAGUGCCUGGCAUAUAGCUGAUGCUCAAUAAAUAUGUGUUGAAUGGACAAAUGACUAAGCCAACUCUGUGGGGUAAGCACUACUGCCAGCCCCAAUCUACAGACAAAGAAACGGAGGCCCUGAGAAGUGAAGUAGCCAGUUCCAGGUCCCGCAUCUUGCAAAGGACAAAGGCAGGGUUUGAGCUGAGUCAGACUGCAGAACCCAUGCUCUUCACCACUUUGGGUCCUGCCUCCAGUACCCUGGCCUCAGUGCUUGUCUGUCUUGCUCUUCUGACAGGCUCUGAGGACUGCUCGGCUGGCCCAGGCUCCCCUCCCCAGCAGCUGUCCCCAGAACCAUGGAAAGUCUGAGUGAACUACAGAACCCGCUGCUGCCCAGGAGCCCCUCCCACCUCCACGGCCCCUAUCCCUACCCUGAGGCCCCACCCAGCUGGUCCUACCAGGAAAAGCUCUACUCCUACCUCCUAGGCGGCACUGGGCCUGCUGGAGCUCACCAGCUCCUGGACCCAGGGUCCCUGCAGCUGGCCGUAGAGGCCUGGUACCGGCCCAGCUGCCUCCUGGGGAGAGACAAGGUCAAGGAGCCCAGGGCAGGCAGCUGUGAGACCAGCUUCACAGAGGACAGGGAGCCCCAGGAGGGGCCCCCAGAGCAGCCCACAGGACCUGGUCAAGCUGCAGAGAAUGUCACCAUCCAGACUGUGUCCUACGGGGUACAAGAGGAGCUUCGGGACCAGGAGGACGACCAGGAGGAAGAGGAGAGCGAUGCCACUUCAACGGAGAGCGAAAGUGAAGACAACUUCCUCACGCUGCCUCCCAGGGACCACCUGGGCCUUACUCUCUUCUCCAUGCUCUGCUGCUUCUGGCCACUGGGCAUUGCUGCCUUCUACUUCUCCCAGGGGACCAGCAAGGCCAUCUCCAAAGGGGACUUCCGCCUGGCCAGCACCACCUCCCGCCGGGCCCUCUUCCUAGCCACACUCGCCAUCGCCGUGGGGGCCGGUCUCUACGUGGCCGUGGUGGUGGCUCUGGCAGCUUACAUGUCCCAGAACGGCCAUGGCUAGUAGCCAGUAGGGCCUGCAUCCUGACUCCCCUGCCCACCUGAGGAAGCAGUGGGGUUUGGGGUUGCAGACGCUAUGGAAAGGCCCAGCCCCUGAAGAUGAUCCCGGGAGAGUGGCUUGCUGAGGGGGAGACCCCCAUUCCGCAGCCUGCAGAGCUCAGCCUUCACUUCUGCUUGCCCGCUGCUCCCAGCCCCAGAGCAGGGCCCGGGGCCCCACUCUCUAACCCAGGCUACAGACGGGAAGCAGAAGGCAGGGCUGCCCACCAGGCCAUCCCAGCGGGGCCUAGCUCAGUCCAUUCUGCCCAUUCCCUAGAAGAUCUCCUGCCCUACAGCCAGCCCACCACCUACCCUGCCAACCUCCCCACAGAGAAAGAGCAGGAGGUUACAGGGAGGAAAGGGGGUGCCCAGGGCACAAGGGGACCUGUCCCAAUCCUUUCAGCCCACAGGGAUCUUCACCUGGGGACAGCCUGAGCUUCCCCCAACUCCACUCUGGCCCCAUCAUGCCCAGACCUCAGCAGGCCAAGAAGGAAAUAUGUGGAGACAAGGCGGCCUCUUGCUGUCUCUGAUUCUACGGGGUGCUUAUCUCCCCACGGGCUUGUGAGGCACUGUAGAUUCUAGAUAGGGAAGAGGAACCUCGGUAUAUAAACUCUGAACCAAGGGCAGGUUCUUGGAGCUUCUUUAUGUGGGUGCAAAAGGCAGUUGCAAUGACAGAGAGUCCUGAAAUAUUGCUGGACUACAUGAGUCUUCCUACUCUCCCCCCACUCCCUGCCCCCAUCAUCCUUUUCUGGGCUUUGCCUGGGAGUCCAUGAGCUGGUGCCAUCACAAAUAGACUAGACCCAGAGAGUGCCCUCAGCUCACCAGCCACUGAGUGCAGGGCCCUAGGUCCAGCCCUGCAGAAAAUGCAACAAGGAGAGACCCUAGGGAGUAGUAUAGAUGAGGGAAGGGACUCAUGGAAGGAAUGGCCUGCUGAGUAGUCAGCAGUGCUUAGGAAGGCUUCCUGGAGGAGGUGUCCCUUGAGCAAGGCCUAGGAUGAAUAGAAUUCAUCUAAGGGAUUUGGUCACAUAAUUCUUUGUAUUUGUAGGCCGGGGUGUAGCAGGAGCCUUCCAUGGGAAGCUUCCAGGCUGUUUGGAUUCUGCCUGGAACAUCCGGGCUGGAGUCAAACUACAGCCAUUCCUAAGGGUUCCACCAACUCAAGGAGGAACAUCAGGCCUGUCUCUCAAAGACCAAUGAUGUUUUCCCAUCUCUGAAUGCUAGGGGGUCAGUGGUGGGUACCUGGUUACCCCUGGGGCAUCUUCACUGAUACCUCUGCUCAGGGCCGCUCUCAACACCCUCAGCCACUAGGGCACAUCCAGAAUUUUAGAGACAUCCAGGUAGGCAAGGGGGGAGCACUAAUGUGAGCAGGCCUGUCUGGACUCAAGCUACAGGCCCCUGCUGUGCAUGAUGUGGGAACCUGGUCAUUCCCAUGCCCCAUAUAGAACCCAGGGCUGUGGCUCCCCCACUGAGCAUCCCUUGUCCCACUGUCCUCCCCUGCCUUGGGCACUGCCCAGCCCUCCACUCCUGCAUCACAGCAGUUUUAAGAUCCCAUUAUUGUACUGAUUUAUCCUUGUAAUAAACGUUUCUGUAACACCUGG